AUGAAAACACAGCGUUACACAGGAAAGGUCGUCGAUACCAUGCCGAUCUACAGUUCCGACGCUGUGCACAGGGAAGUGACCUUGCAAUUGAGAAUCGACCGAGAACUGGCCGAUGGGAGAAAGGAAUUAUUGGUCUCGUAUCCCAUCAACGGAUCAAUUUUUCUUUGUGGCCAGGAUGACACCUACCAUUACUUGAAUGACUUCGAAGGCACCCUGACUAAUCCUCCACCACCCACGUGUUGUGUCCGACCUUUGUACAAUUAUGAAUUAGUCGUGGCUAUUCCAAAACCAUUCGCGAAGCAACUUGAUUCUCACACAUAUCAAAUUCCUGAGAUUGGAUGGGACUAUGAGAAGGAGAGAAUUUUCAGUUAUUUCUCUGAAAGUAAAAAUGACAGCCCGCCAGGUGGAAGCCUAGAGCCUAAUUAUGAGGAGGAAUCUGAUCGGCAGGAAGACCAGCAGUCAAAACCAAUCGAAGAGGGGACUUCUGAAGUUACAUGUUUUAUAAAUGAGAAUAUUGAAAAGACUUUAGAAAAAUGGGACAAGGAAGUCGGUGGAAACGUGGAUGAGGUGGUGCAACAGUAUUUCGAAAAUCCUGACGCUGUUCAGGGACAACUAUGA